GAAAGAGGUGCAUCAAAUUACAGAAUUAGGGUUUUGAAUCCUCGUUGGUGGCCGAAAUAAAAAAGAGGGAGAGAGAGAGAUCAGAGAGAGAGAGAGAGAGAGGCAGCCAUGGGUGGAGGUAAUGCUCAGAAAUCCAAGAUGGCCCGUGAAAAGAAUUUAGAAAAAGCCAAAGCUGCUGGCAAAGGAAGUCAGCUUGAGGCCAACAAGAAAGCUAUGAACAUCCAGUGCAAGGUCUGCAUGCAAACUUUCAUUUGCACAACUUCGGAGGUGAAAUGCAGGGAACACGCUGAAGCCAAACAUCCGAAGGCUGACGUCUACACUUGUUUCCCGCAUCUGAAGAAAUGAUAACAAUGUGUGAGCAUUCAAGUGUGGUUAAUGUUAAAUUGUGCUUGAAACAGUAUGUUUAUAAUAUCAUCAUCUCUGUGUCACUUGUUAUAACAUUGUGUUUGGGAUAUUAGUAAAAAAGGACAACCUUGUUCCAAUGUUUUAAAAUAA